AUGAAUGUGAGUUUUCCCCCUCCGAAACAAUGCACCACCGAUGCUCUUUUUCAGCGACAGUUCCAAUCGAAUGACCAUUACUUUCUUCUUUUCCAAAUUCUCAGUCUGAUCAGCUGCGCAUUUCUCUUCGUUCUCGUCUUGUGCGGAAAGAAAGCCAAGUCGAAGAGCAAGGAAGCGAGCAAGGAACCGGCGACCGGAGUUGAAGCUGCGAAGCCGCCCGUUGCGUCCGUUCAGCUUCCGGCGACGCCAGCUGAAGCUCCGCCUGCUGCUCCUGAACCUUCCAAGAUUGCAGAUGCUCUGCCGAAGGAGAAAUCGAAAAAAGAGGAGGUGAAAUCGAAGAAGGAAAAGUCGAAGAAAGAGGAGAAAAAGGAGAAAAAAGAGGAAAAGAAGGACGAGAAGAAGGUGGGGAAAAAUCAGAGAUCACUGAAGGAAUGGACAAUUUCAGGAGGAUGAUGGCUACGAGAACUGUGCCGAUAUGACGCCGGAGCAGUUGAAGAAGAUUGCCGAAGAAUCGGAUGGCAAGAAGGAGGAGGAGAAGAAGGAGGAGGUCAAGUAG